AUGACUGGCAAGGAUGGGUUGUCUUCAUCCGUUGUGGAGACCGUAGCGGGAUUCACAGCAGGGGUUGCCUCCACACUCUGUGUACACCCGCUUGACCUGGUGAAGACUCGCCUUCAAGUCGAUCGAUCAUCGCCCUCCCGUCUUGGCAGCUCUUUACGCAUUAUUCGUGAAAUCUCCACACAUGAGGGCGGUCUUCGUGCCUUCUAUCGCGGUCUGGCCCCCAACCUGAUCGGGAACUCUACGAGCUGGGCCCUGUACUUCCUCUGCUAUGGCAGCCUCAAGGACGCCAUCCGCAUCUACCGAGGACAUGAAGGUUGGAUGCUCACAUCUUCUGAUUAUUUUCUUGCAUCGAGCGUAGCAGGAGCAUUUACAUCUAUUCUCACAAAUCCUAUCUGGGUCAUAAAAACGCGGAUGCUGGCAAGUGGUGCUCAAUCACCCGGAGCCUAUCCUUCGUUCAUGUCUGGUGUGAGGCAAAUCUACCACACUGAGGGCAUGCGUGGCUUUUAUCGUGGCCUGGUUCCCUCGUUGUUUGGUGUCAGCCAUGGCGCUUUCCAGUUCAUGGCCUACGAGAGGCUGAAGAUUUUCCGUUCCCGGGAGAUACGUGAUGAAUCCUCGAUGAGGAACUCCGAUGCUACGGUGACCAAGAAGCUUGGAAACGUGGACUUCCUGGUCAUCUCCGGUUUGUCCAAAGUGUUUGCCGGGUGUGUGACUUAUCCAUACCAAGUCAUCAGAUCACGGCUGCAGACCUAUAAAGCCCACAUAGUAUACCGUGGGGCCAUGGAUGCAAUCAGUCAGAUCUGGGCACAGGAGGGUAUCGCAGGAUUUUACAAGGGACUUGGCCCGAAUCUGCUUCGAGUUUUGCCAAGUACCUGGGUCACAUUUCUUGUUUAUGAGAACACUAAGCUCUUCAUGCCGAAGCUCGCAGAGGGAGUAUAG